AUGGCUCUGGGAAGAGCAAAGAUGAAGAGGUGGAAACGAUGGGAAGAGGAAACCAAGACACCAGAGUACCAAUUUUCACAUGAUCCUGAACGAUUUCGAUUUGCCAGAGAAACAUCGUUUGGAAGAAGGCAUUUGAGUUUCUGGACCAAAAACCCUGUCCUCAUGUGGAUUGUUUGUUUCUUCAGACAAUUUGUGCGGUCAGUUCCGAAAGUGGAUUACUUGACCUUAAGACAUGGAUUUAUCAUGUCCUCCAUUCUGGUUCUUCGCAGUGCUGUUUCUCCUCUUAAACACUCAUGCUACGUUACUCUUCCUCUAUAUGCUCUAGUGACACAGAUGGGUUCAACAAUGAAGCCAACGAUAUUCAACGAAAGAGUAGCGGAGGCACUGCGGAACUGGCACCGGACGGCGAAGAAGCACAUAAGACAGAACCGUGUGGGACCCUUGUCCUUGUCGGGGACACCGGCGUCGAGCAGACCCACCACCCCGAGCCAUCACAUGUCCCCGGUGCACCUCUUGCGCUUCUACCGUUCUGAAAUGGACAGCUUCCCCACCUCUCCACGGCGCUCAAACUUCGACGGCGACCACACCCAGCCCUGGGACGUCGAUUCCCCUUCUCCUUCCUACUCCCACCAUGAAAUUGAAAUCGGUCCCACCAAUGACCCCUCAACUAACACAACCCACCAUGAGAUUGUUGCUGCGGCACACACCAAGGAAUUUUCCUUUGAUAAUCGACCUACCAGUGGUACUUAG